AUGGCCUCCUCCUCCUCCGUCUCCAACAGUAGUGCAUAUAGGUCAGCCAGGCAAGUUCAAAGAAGGUGCGAUUGUGAUGAACCAGUUGGCAGGUGGACUUCAUGGAAACCGGAGAACCCUGGAAGGAGAUUCCUUGGUUGCCCCAAUUACAAGAUGAGUGUCUUCGAAUCUUUGAAUGAUAUGGAGAAGGAUUGCAAAUUCUUUGAAUGGAUAGAUCCUCCAUUACCAAACAACUGGUACAAACAGAUGAUCUAUGAUUUUCACAACCAUGGAAUUCAUGGAGUCAAUGAUGAAGAAUUUGAAGACUUUAUGGAUGAAGAUGUGGAAGAAGUAGUGCAAGUGAUAUUGUCGUAUUUAUACAUACUUUUGGGCAAUAUUUGA